CAAAAGAGGGUGUCAACUUCCGGGUUAUAGGGUCAUGUUUGUAUGUAGCAGUGAUGUUUGAGUACUUGUUAAAUUGCUAACGAAUUUCCACGUUGAAAAACACAGAUGUUAAACCUUUAGAAGUCAAGGAUAUUUCUAUUUUUGUGGAGUAGCCUGUUUAGCGUAUGAAUCCAACUAGGAGCAACUAGCCUAACAAGCUAACACUCGGACUUUUGACAUGGGAGGUGGAACGUAAGCAAUUAGCUACACAGUUUCGAAAGGGGAGCCACCCGCUAAUGCAUACACAUAACGACCCACUACCGAGGCAGCAGUCAGCAGGACUGGAAGGAGGAGCAACUGUCCAAACCGCGGCUAGAAGAAGGUCGGCGAGUUUCGGAUCAGAUACGAUGGGGAGUGCGAUGGGACCCGUUCUUCAAUGGCUGCAGGAUGUGGCAGCUGUAUCUAUCCUCAAAGUACGGCGAACUUUAUUUCAGGCUGCCGUCCUCUUCUGUGUCCUGGUUCUGCUGCUCUGGGUGUCCAUCUUUCUCUAUGGAAGUUUCUAUUACUCAUACAUGCCCACUGUGAGCUUCUCCACCCCUGUGCACUUCUACUACACGUCUGAUUGCCAUGACUCAGAAGCAGCACUUUGUUCAUUCCCCACCGCGAACAUCUCCUUCAUGAAGAAUGAGAGAGACCACGUGAUGGCUAAUGGCCAGCCUUAUAGAAUAUCUUUGGAGUUAGAGAUGCCUGAGUCUCCAGUGAAUGAAAAGCUGGGUAUGUUCAUGGUCAAGAUGUCUUCAUAUACCAAAGGUGGGAAGACUGUGUCAUCAGUGGGACGAUCUACUAUGCUGCAUUACCGUUCCAGUCUCCUGCAGACCCUGAGUACUUUCAUGUUCUCUCCUCUCCUUCUGACUGGGAUGACUGAGCAGAAGCAGCUCAUAGAAGUUGAGCUUUUCUCAGACUACAAGACAAAUGCUUAUGAACCUACUGCUGGUGCAGUCAUUGAGAUCCAUUCUAAGCGAGUGCAGAUCUACUCAUCUCAGCUUCGGAUCCAUGCCUACUUCACUGGUAUACGAUAUGUUCUGUAUAACUUCCCCCUAACAUCUGCAGUGAUCGGUGUCACUACCAACUUUGCCUUCCUCAGUGUCAUUGUGCUGUUUAGCUACCUGCAGUUCAUAUGGGGUGGGCUCUGGCCUCCGGACCAAGUAAGAGUUAGAGUUAUGAUGGGAGACAACACCCGCAUUCAGCAGAGGACAGAGGAGGCUCGAAAGCGCAUGGAGAAGGAAAAUUCUCAGAAGGAACUUGAUGGUUCUAAAGUGAUUGAAUCUGUGCAGUCAGAUUUUCAGGGAAAUUACAUGGUGGCAGAGCUGUCAUCAGAGAGGCCCUCAGUUCUCUCACAUGCCUCUGGGCCUGAUACACCAGAUACCAAGGAGGAAGGGUCUCAUGACUCUAAGGAGCUUGAGGAGAUAGACGGUUUACACAUGUUAGAUGGGUGCCUGCUGCUACCUAACCAGGGUGAAACAACACUCCGACAGAGACCUGGACCCUGGAUGAGCCUGUGAAGCAUGCCGCUGCACACUAUUAGAGUACCAAUAAUACAGUAUAUGCUCAGAAAAUGUGCCAUCGCUCUUCAGCAGAUGGAAUGUGAUUUGGCAGAUUUGGAUAGAUUCAUGCAAAUACACACAUUCACCUGAUAGAUGCAUGAGAACAGAUUACCUACAGCCUGAUGUCUUUGGCCUCUGCUCAUGUCUUUCUGCUUAUUGUCUGCUCAUAAAGACAGCCUUCCUACAGUCCUAUAUGCCAUUUGUGUUUUGGUUGUCCCAUAGCAGGAGGUUCUAUGUUCAAACUGUUGCUUGGUCAACUUGUCAUGCAUUAGCAUCAUAUGAUAUCCAAUAAUUUAUUAUACCUAUUUUUUCUUACGUCUGCUUGUGUUUUACUACUCUAAUGUCUCUUAAGUGGCAUUUUCUCACUUGAAGCCAGCUUAUAAUAACUAACAUAUUCUAACAAUCUUCCCAUAAUAAUACAAAUAGGCAAGUUACCAGUUCAAACAUUAGUAGGCUUGAUUGUUUUUGAAUGUAGCUGCCCUGCACUUGAAUCAAAAGUUAAAAGUUGGAUUUUGAAUUCCCACACCCUUUAUAUAGAUAUGCACAAACAUGUUAUGUGAUCUGCGAUGGGCUGGCAACCUGUCCAGGGUGUGCCCCGCCUUUCGCCCGCGGCUGGCUGGGAUUGGCUCCAGCCCCCCGUGACCCCGUUUGGGACUAAGCGGUUUGGAAAAUGGAUGGAUGGAUGUUAUGUGAUACUUUUUCUCAGAAGCUUUCUCAGAGCAAAUAGAUUUGGAACAUUUGCCAAAAAGCAUCUUUGUUUUUAGUAACUUCCUAGAAUAAAAUUUGCAGUGGGACCAGCCACAGGGAUACAAGGAAUGUGUUGCAUUUGUUUUGUUUUAAUAUUAUAAAUAAAGACAUUUGGUUUCAGUGUAAAGGACAGUUCUACUGAUACGGCACAUUAGUUUAAAGCUUCAGCACUUUUUCAGAGCUGGUGUUCAUUCCAUUAGAUCUUUGUAGUCAGCAUCUGUUACACUGCAGUUUACACUUUGCAAUUUGAUGUUGUGAAAAUAAUAUUUAUUGUGUUUUCCUAUAACAAAACACCAAGAUGUUUUAAAUGGGUUUUUAAGUAUGUUUGCAUCUUGCUAAACAUGUCUGUAUUUAAAAUUAUACAUACAAUGUAAGAGGAAUAAGUGAAGUUGCUGUUUGAAGUUAAUGCUAGCUGGUAAUACUAAUAAAGACAAGGUAAUGCACUGGGUUCUUUUGAUGAGUCUCAGUCUCCAUGAUCUGUGUUAAAGGGAGAUUGAGGUCUAAACAAGUAUAUUUAAGCAUCUGUCCAGUUUGUGUUGACAUAGGAUUUUGUACCAAAGAUAUUACUCAGCAUGAUGCACGUGGUCAUUUUGAAUUCUGUCUGUCGGAAUAUCUUCAUAAAUGCCUUUAAAGCUACAUAAGUGGGUUAUUUUGUAGCUUUAAGUAUGCACUGAUACUGAAUUAAACAAAAACAUAUAUUGGUGCACAUCUUUUUUUUUAAAUGCCUUCAUCCCUCUAAAAAAAUAAA